UGUGUCUCCGAUGAUGAUGUACUUGAAGAGAUAGGCGUAAGUCAUGGUCCCGAGGCGUCUGCGUUCCGGGUCCGCCUGAUGCCUCCAGACACUCACCUCCGACCUCUCUAGCCACCCAAUCUCCCGCUCUCCCUCUUUGCCUCCGCUCCAGCCCUUCUAGCUCGGGCCGCGUCUCUAUUGCUCUCCGCAGGAAUCCUCGCUGGCUCCCGAGAACCCGACGCCGCCUCUAGGGCCGCCCCGCGCUCUCGUCCAUGCCAUCAUCCCACCAAGCUCCAGGGGGCGACAGCGAGCCCGCGGGCAGCUCGGCUCGCGAUUUGGUUCCGUCCAAUCAGCGGACAGCGACGCGCCUCCUUGAGGAAGUGACGCGUUCGGAACCCGGCUGGGCCGGUGAGAGCGAUGCGGACGCGGAGACGCCGCUAAGUGGUGCCGUGAAGAUGGAGUUUCCCGGAGGAAAUGACAAUUACCUGACGAUCACUGGGCCCUCGCAUCCGUUCCUGUCAGGGGCCGAGACCUUUCAUACACCAAGCUUGGGCGAUGAGGAAUUUGAAAUACCACCCAUCUCCUUGGACUCGGACCCCUCCCUGGCUGUCUCAGAUGUGGUUGGCCACUUUGAUGACCUGGCAGACCCGUCUUCCUCACAGGACGGCAGCUUUGCAGCUCAAUAUGGAGUUCAGACAUUGGACAUGCCUGUGGGCAUGACCCACGGCUUGAUGGAGCAGGGCGGGGGGCUCCUAAGUGGGGGCUUGACUAUGGACCUGGACCAUUCUAUAGGAACUCAGUAUAGUGCCAACCCACCUGUCACAAUUGACGUACCAAUGACAGACAUGACAUCUGGCUUAAUGGGACAUAGCCAGUUGACCACUAUUGAUCAGUCAGAGCUGAGUUCUCAACUUGGAUUGAGUUUAGGAGGUAGCACCAUCUUGCCACCUGCCCAGUCACCUGAGGAUCGUCUUUCGACUACUCCAUCACCUACCAGUUCACUUCAUGAGGACGGUGUUGAUGAUUUCCGGAGGCAACUUCCGAGUCAGAAGACAGUGGUAGUGGAAACAGGGAAAAAACAAAAGGCUCCCAAGAAGAGAAAAAAGAAAGACCCUAAUGAGCCUCAGAAGCCAGUCUCCGCAUAUGCAUUAUUCUUCCGUGAUACUCAGGCUGCCAUCAAGGGACAGAACCCCAAUGCUACCUUUGGUGAGGUGUCGAAGAUUGUGGCUUCCAUGUGGGACAGUCUUGGAGAAGAGCAAAAGCAGGUGUAUAAGCGGAAAACUGAAGCUGCCAAGAAAGAGUAUCUCAAGGCGCUAGCUGCUUAUAAAGACAAUCAGGAGUGUCAGGCUACUAUGGAAACAGUGGAAUUAGAUCCUGUCCCACAGUCACAGACUCCUUCACCUCCUCCUGUGACUGCUGCUGACCCAGCAUCUCCAGCACCAGCCUCAACAGAGUCACCUGCUUUGUCCCCUUGCAUUGUAGUUAAUUCCACGCUUUCAUCUUAUGUGGCAAACCAGGCAUCCUCAGGGGCCGGAGGUCAGCCCAAUAUUACCAAAUUGAUUAUUACCAAACAAAUGUUGCCUUCUUCUAUUACCAUGUCUCAGGGAGGAAUGGUUACUGUUAUCCCAGCCACUGUGGUUACCUCCCGUGGGCUCCAGUUAGGCCAAACAAGUACAGCUACUAUUCAGCCCAGCCAGCAGGCCCAGAUUGUCACUCGGUCAGUGUUGCAGGCAGCAGCUGCAGCUGCUGCUUCUAUGCAACUGCCUCCACCCCGACUCCAGCCUCCUCCAUUGCAACAGAUGCCUCAGCCCCCAACUCAACAGCAAGUCACCAUUCUGCAGCAACCGCCUCCACUUCAGGCCAUGCAACAACCUCCACCUCAGAAAGUUAGAAUAAAUUUACAACAGCAGCCACCUCCUCUGCAGAGCAAGGUUGUGCCUCCACCCACUCUAAAAAUGCAGACUGCCCUGAUCCCUCCAGCUGUGGAGAGCAGCCCUGAGCAGCCUCUGACCUGCAGCCCCGAGGACCACACAGCAGAGGCAACCUCUCCUGAGACAAUUUGUGAAAUGAUCACAGAUGUAGUUCCUGAGGUGGAGUCCCCUUCUCAGAUGGAUGUUGAAUUGGUGAGUGGAUCCCCUGUGAUACUGUCCCCUCAGCCUCGAUGUGUGAGGUCUGGCUGUGAGAACCCUCCUGUCAUCAGUAAGGACUGGGACAACGAGUACUGCAGCAAUGAGUGCGUGGUGAAGCACUGCAGGGAUGUAUUCUUGGCCUGGGUGGCCUCUAGAAAUCCAAACUCCGUGGUGUUUGUGAAGUAGUCUUUCCUCUUCUCCAAGCCUUGAAGAUUCAUCCGCUGGACACAAGUCCAGGAGCCUGUUUUUGAAACACAAGCUGGGCUUCUUCUGGUAGUGCCUGACCUUUACACUCAUAGUCCUUCGUGCCCCCACUUUUUCUUCAGCAGAGGCCAGACUAAGGAACAGGGCCAGCGAAUUUACUGUGAUUUGGAAUUGCUUUCGCUCUCAACUACAAGCAAAAUUGCCAGGUUAAUAGUACAGGGAAGGGUGAAGGGAACAUGGAAGCAAAUCAUAGAGGAUUAUUAGAAGAAAUGUGUUGGUAAAAUUGUCAGAGACUUGCCUGAAAUGUUACUGGGAAAGUGCUUAGCUCUGUUCCUAGAAGGAAACAGCACUGGGAUAGGGGCUUAGGGUUAUAGCUCAGAGAUAAAGGACAUUGGGUUUAGAGGAAUGAAAAAAUGAGUUAAAAUACCCCCUUUAAAAGGGAAUUAUUAUUAUUAAUCUACACAGUGCUUUAAGAACAAAGGUUUGUGGGGCUGGGGUUAUGGCCUAGCACUAACAAAGCUCUGAGUUCAGUCCCCAGGCAGAAAGAUCAGGAGUUCAAGGUCAUCCUUAGCCACCAGUAAGUUUGAAACCAGUUUAGGCUACGUGAGGCAAAGGUAGAAUAAAGGUUUUGCGGAGCAUGGUGGCCCAUGCCUUUAAUCCCAGUAUUUUGGAAGUGAACAUAGGUAGAUUUCAAAAAACAGAUUCUGGGUAUGGUGCACUCUCCUUUAAUCCCAGCAGUUGGGAGGCAGAGGCAGGUUGGAUCUGAGUUUGAAGCUAGGCAGGGUUACAUAGUGAGAUCCUGUCUCAAGGUCCCCUCCCCAUUCCUGACACACACACACACACACACACACACACCUCUCUCAGCACAUUGGGCUGGAGGGGAAAUGACAUCAUCCAGGAUUUUCUUUUUCUCUACAAGCAUUUCUGCAGUCAAAAUUUUCUUAACCUGACUUGAUUACCAGUUUUGCAUGUAAGAGGCAGAACUCUAUACCCUUAAUGAGAGGUUUUGCAAAGUAAAGACAUUGUGUUUGAUGGAACAUCUUUUAAAUGUGCUUUCGUUUAUAUAAAGCAUAAGUUAAUUCUUUUACAUUCUAGGUUCUUUAACUGAAGAUGAUCUUAUUUUUCUUAGAAAUAAGCUAUAGAAUAAUAAACCAGCAAAGUCACAUAGAAUAAGCAAAACACAUGCCUGGUAAAACUAAGUAAAAUUCAGAUUAACCCUGUUUAUGGUGUACUAAUUGCUAAGCACUAUGAACCUGUGUAGUCCUGUUUUAUAAUGAUCAACAUGUUAAUGCUAUUCAUAUUAUCCAUUUAAUUUGAACACUCAAAACUAAUGAAAUAGGGUAGCUCACAUUCCUCUUACAUACUGAGAAAAAGACUUGCACAAGAACACAUGCUAAGUGGUGAAAGCCAGAAUUUCACUUCAGAAAUCUCAAUUCCAAUACAAACUUUUAUUUAAAUAUGGUGGGGGACACUAUUGUAUAAACACUCCUCUUUGGAGCCAUGGCUUCUAUAAAUUCUUAGGCUUAGAGAUGAUACCAUCCGGAUACCUUUGCUUAAACCGGGCAACCACAUCUGGGUCUAGUAGGUGUAUCCCAUCCAGUUGGUUUCCAAGAGUAAUCCUAAAACAAGGGGGAAGAGGAGGCAAACCAAAACAUCCUGUAAGGGCUCAACACUGUUCAUGCCAGGUUUUGUUUCUUUGGGUAUAAGGCUGUCCUGGAACUCUCCAUGUAGACCAGGCUAACCUUGAACUCAUACAGAUCUGCCUACCUCUGUCUCCCAAGUGCUGGGGCUCAAGGUGUGCUCCACUAUGCCUAACCCAUGUCAGUUUUUAAAAAGAUCAUAACAAAGUAUAUGACAGUCCUGGUACAGGUGCAAAUAUUAAAACUGGCUGAAUUUUUCUUUGGUGGUGGUAGUUGCAACUGGGGAUUGAAUCUAGGGGAUAUCUAAUCUAAUGCUGAACUCUAUCAGUCAGCACCCUCUCCCUUUUGAUACUAAAUUAAGUUAAUUAAACUUGUAAUCCUUCUGCCUCA